AUGAAGUUCAUGUCAGAAGUGGAUAUUGUCAUGGGUCCACAUGGACAGCAGUUUCUCACAAGUAUGUUCAUGCCACAGUGUGGCUCCUUGUUCGAGUUCUUUCCCAGGGAGUACUAUGUACCCAACUGGUAUGGAUCAUUGGCGGCCUUGUUCGGCAAGAAUCACUUCUUCACUUACGGAGGAGCAUAUCCACACAUGAGAUCACGGGAAACAAAGUCUUACAAUGCCUCUGCUGAUGCAGUCCUGCGAGUGACAGAGGCAAUGGUUGAACGGUGGCACUCUUGCUGUAGUGCACUAUAG